ACAACUGACUCAGACUCCACUGGGACUGGACGUCCUCACGUGAGCUGAAGGGACGACCCGGGUGAAACAUUUCCUCUAACCCGGCUCCACCUCCACGCCAUCGGCGAGCGCUCGCUGUCGCUAUAAGAUCUUUGGUAGCAACCACUGCGGUUCAGUCGGUCAGACAGACUGGGGCCAUGCUUCGCUGGCUGCUCGCUCUCUGCCUCCUGGGCUGCGUCUCGCCAUCCCGCCACCUCAGGCAGCCCUGCCACAAGCCGGGCAAGCGGACACCAGGGGUGAGAUCUUACCCUCGGCCUCAUGAACACCUGCCUGUCACUGCACUACCAAAGGCCUGGGACUGGCGUAACGUCAAUGGCAAAAACUUUGUCAGUACCACCAGAAACCAGCACAUUCCACAAUACUGUGGCUCUUGCUGGGCUCACGGGAGCACCAGUGCCAUGGCAGAUAGGAUUAAUAUAAAGCGCAAAGGUGCCUGGCCAUCAGCUUACCUGUCGGUGCAGAAUGUCAUCGACUGUGCCAACGCUGGGUCCUGUGAGGGUGGCGAUCACUAUGGGGUGUGGGAAUACGCCAACACGCACGGAAUUCCAGAUGAGACCUGCAAUAAUUACCAGGCCAAGGACCAAGGCUGCUUGCUAUUUAACCAGUGCGGCACUUGUACAACUUUUGGAGCUUGCCAUAUAAUCAAGAAUUACACAAUGUGGAAGGUGGGCGACUAUGGCAGUGUCAAUGGCCGAGAGAAGAUGAUGGCAGAGAUCUAUGCCAAUGGUCCAAUCAGCUGUGGCAUUAUGGCUACGGAAAAGCUGGACGCCUACACCGGGGGAGUGUACACUGAGUUCCACUUGCAGUCAAGCAUAAACCACAUUGUGUCGGUGGCAGGCUGGGAUGUGGACGAGGAUGGAACUGAAUACUGGAUUGUGCGUAAUUCCUGGGGUGCACCGUGGGGGGAGAGCGGUUGGCUGCGGAUUGUCACCAGCACCUACAAAGAAGGAAAAGGAAACUUGUACAACCUGGCAAUAGAAGAGGACUGUGCCUAUGGAGAUGCUAUUUUGUAGCAGAGUGGGUUUGGCAUGGUACAAACUGCAAAUCGACUACUCUACUGCUUUUAAAUAUAUAUUUUUACAGUCAUUAUCAAAUGUGGUGUAUAGAUAAUUUUCCAAGCUGUGCUAGUACUAUGCAAGCUGCAUUGAGUGCAGAGUGAUUUUUAAAUAAUAAAGAUGAAACAGUACAAA